CGUCUCGCCCAUUCCAGCCACAAGCUUGCACUUGCAACCUCAGAUCCCCGACGGUCGAGUCGGCGUCCAAUGCCAGUCGCACGCCAAUCGCUCGCCUUCAUGUAUGCAUGAGCUCUUUCGGUUUUGGCCGGCUGCGCUAUCCGUCAUUGUGCUGCCUGUAAACGCACACGUUUCGACGCAGGCUCCGACGCUGAUGAAUAUAUGACGGGCGACUUGCCGGUGCUGCUGCGAUGGAGAAGAAGAGGAAGCUGCCGGCACGCGCCGCGGCUCGGGCUGAGCAGGCAGCGAAGAGGAGGACCAUGACCCCCCCGCAAAGAUCGGUCACCCCGGCUCCUCCUGCUACUGCUGCCGCUCCCGAGCCGGACCCUGCCCCGGCCGGAGAUGCGCCUUCUCCGCUGCCCCAGUCGAUCGCUGCCGGCAAACCGCUACCCACGGUCGAUUCACCCCAGCCCGACGACCUUUCGAGCACAGACUAUCAGAGCGUAACUGAGAGUGGAGUUCUCGCCGAGUCUCUGUCGCGAUCGCGCCACAAGUGGACGAUGGAGGGUAUUUUCGAGAAGUACUGGUCGAAGCCGACCAAGCGCAAGGGCGUCGUGAUUGAGGAGCCGAACAACCCGCCCAAGGAAAGCAUGACCAAGCUCGGCCAAGUCACCAUUACGGUCGAGCCACACGUCUUCGAAGCCACAAUGUACGCCGUCAAGGACCCCAAACCACCUCCUCCACCUGCGCCGCCAACCGAACGUCCUGUUUUACAAUAUGGGCCGCCCAACGGAGUUAUGCCUCCUCCGCCCACACCGACCACAAACGCAGCGGUGCCCACGGCCUCCGCCACGGCCACGGCCACGCCGACUCCGACACCACCCCCAACUCAAGCACAAGCGCAGGCUCCCGUGCCGCCUGACGCUAAGCCGCCGAUAAACACGCAGGUGCAAACCCCUACUCAGACGCCGACACUGUCCGCGGCGCAACCCGCGGUCGGGCAACCUACGCCCGAAAUACCGAGGCCGGCACCAGCGAUGCCUGUUGUUGGGCCGAGACCCGUUGCUUCGCCUCGGGGAAUGGAGUCGGUCCUCUCGCCCAGCACUGUCGCACCAAUUGUUCCACAGAAGUCGCCCACGACGCAACCACAACCGCCACGGCCGACUCCGCCGCUUAGCUCCUCCGUCCCGUCGGGCCCAAUUGCGACAGCCGACCUCCCUAAGCCGGUAAACACCGCAGUGGAGCACCCGGUACCUAACGGCGCUACUCCAGCAGGCUCACCAGCGAAGCCUGCGCCUGGCACGGAUCCGAUUAUCCUCACGCUUGCAGCGAAGGCCGGAACAGAUCCCCAGCUCCGCGACCUCAUGAAACGCGUCGCACAGGGAGCUGCGGCGAAGCAUGAGCUCGAGCGGUUUCAGGCCAUCAUCGAUGCCAUCACGGCCGAGAGCGAACGGAACGGGGGCACAGCGGGUCCGUCGGCCGACAGACUGCUGGUCGAUGGGAGGACGGUCCGGUAUUUUGCCGACGAAGUGCGAGCGAUCCUGGACAUCGUACUGCGCUCGAACCCCAAGCAGACCUCUGCCGACCUGCGUCCGCCGGCAGGGAGUGAUCCGCUGGUGGUGAUGUUGGUCAAGGCGGCGCUGGACGAUUUCCGCACGCGUGACAUGGUCCGGCGCAUCGCCGAGAACAAGCCGCAUUUCUCGGACGCGACAGAUCUGAAGGUCAUCCUAGACAGCCUACGCGCCAAACUUCUGAAAGACAACCCGCAGCAGCAAUCGCAGCAGCCGCAGUCGCAGCAGCAGCAUCAUGGCCAACCGCCCUCUUCCGCCCUGCCUGGCUCUAGCAAGGCUAAUGGCACCUCGAAUACCCAACCAACACCCUCAACCGCCGCCCCGCAACCCCCACCGCCCCAGCAAGCCCUGCGCUCCAAAGGGCCACCACCACCGCCCGCGAAACCCGACAUCUCGGCCAUCGUCUUCGAAUUUGCCGGCGGCACGGGCGACCGCUACCUCUUCCCCAAGUUCUCCCUGCUCGAGUACGUGCCGGUGCCCACGGGCCAGCAGGUCAUCGCCUCGUUCCUGCUCGUGCUCAAGGGCAGCCGGGCCGAGUACCCGGUGGCCGACCCGAAAUCGGACUACUACGAGCCGCUGACCAUCCGGCUGUUCACGCACACGGGCCGCCACCUCGAGCACCUCGCCCGCGUGGUCGCGCCGCCGGACGAGGUGCGCCGCUACAUGGCGGACGUCAUGGCGCGCAUGACCCGGGCGGAGUACGUGCUUCUGGCGAUGAGGCUGCCUAGAGGCGGGGCGGCGGAGGACGAGGGGAAGGAGAAGAACCUGAAGGAGGGCAAGGGUGGUGACGCUCGUGGGAGCACGGGGCUGGUGGCGGGUGAGAAGGACAAGGACGGCGAGAGGGAAGCUGCUGGGGCGGAUGCGAAGGCGGCUGCUCAGCCGCAGGCUGUGCUGUGGAAUACCAAGCCCGCGAAGGCUGGUGGCGGGAGGAGGGACUCGUCGGGCAGGGGGAAGGGGUAUGGGAAGGCGGUGGAUGCGGAUGAUGAGCAGUAUCAGAGUUUUAUUGCAUCGGUCAGCCGCAAGGAUGGUUGAGAGGCGAAGGGGGGCGGGGGGGAGGGGUUAUGGUGUUGCGUACGUGUCUCGCCCCCCCUUCGACUUGCGUCGUGUUUGAAGCUGGCUUGUUUCGAGAUGGGGAUAUACAGGGGUUGGGGAAAAUGGUGUUGGGAGGACGGGGUGUUAUUCUGGCGAAUGUUACUGUACAGCCCCGGCGCGGGUUCUGUUCUUGUGGGUUUGGCUUCUAUGGGUGGAAGAAGGAUGUUCGACCGAAUAUGGGUCGGCUGUGGGAUCAUGGACGGAGUUACAGGGACUGCAAUUUCUGAUGGUUCAGUUUGCGGC